AAACGGUCUGGCGUGACAGUGGGAUAAAUGGAGCAAUGCUGUGUCGCAAACAGCCGGGAAGGGGAAGAAGAAGCAGCCACCUGUCACGAGACGGCCUACCCUAUGGGAAAAGCUGACCUUUCAAAUGUGGUUGGGUUGAGGACAGACGAGGAACUACUAAAGCGGAGAAGCGGCUGUUCUGAAAUGACAGAUCAUGCCACAGUUUUUUUUUGGUUUUGUUUUGUUUCCCCCGCAAUCAGCAGAAGGACUCUUUGGUGAAAUACGGCUUCCUUCAGAAAACAGCGUAGCGAUCCCCCUUCAACUUGCUUUCCGGCAGCUAACAGUCACUUCACUGGGGGUCCUAAGCACAGAGAAGGCGGCGGCGGCGGCGGGGGAGUUUACAACAGGCGAAGGAAAGAAACGUGUGAAAUUGCGAAAGGUUGCUGUUUACGUGCACUGGCCUGAGGAACUGCGAUUAAUAUCGUGUGCAAAACCGCACGGAACAAGCUAGCGGCAGCUCCUCACACGAAUACGUGCUGCAAAUGAUCCUCGGGGGUUCCUCGGAGGCUCAGUGCAAAAUCUCACCCCGAUCCAGUGACAAAUAAGCGGCUGUUGAGGCUGAGAAUUCACAUACAAAAGAAUCGCAGAAACGGUGAAACACACAGGGAAACCGCUUUUUGUGCCGAUGAGAGCCUUAAACUGACGCAUUCACACAUCAGCUCUUAAGCAGAAGCCUGAGGCUCGGGUGUAUACAUACCUGAACGCCCGACGCACAUAUCCACACAUGAACACCAAUCAGCAUGCUACCUGAGACUCUCCUCCAGCAGUGAUGCCAGCCUUUAGCCCUCCUGCUCCUCUCCUCUGUGUGCUGCUCUACAUGUCGUCGGCUCUGCAGCGCUCUGACCAACGCCUGGCUUAUGUGACCCACAGUAGCUUUUGCUACUACUCCUGCAGCCAGGACCCGCAACCCUGCAGCGUGUCAUCUCUCACAGACUGCAGAUGCAAGGACAUUCAGCUUUCCACUCUGCACCAUCCCCAGUCGCACUCGUCUCCUGUUUUCCGGACGAGACGUUUAACUGUUUGGUUCACGUCGCCGUUAAACACGGCACGUCUGCUCAACAACUCAGAGGUGAGGCACCUCACUCUGAUCCACUGUGGUCCUGGAGGAUCCAGAGGGACACCUCCUUCUUCCCUGGAGGGACAUUUUGCCGUGCAGCACCUGGAGAGGCUGACGGUGGUAAACCUGCCGCAGAGGCUGCUUCACCACUGUCCAGAUGCAAACAGAGCCAAGAAUACAGACUCAAACACCGACCCAGACAGAGAUAAUAGUGCUCGCCUAGACACAAAUAGAUACAACCGGGAUAGAGACACAUACCUGGACCUGAUUGCGGACAUUAAGAGAGAUUCCUUGGGUUUGUCCUCAUCCCAGGUCCAAGACAUCUUCCUGGGCAGGGAGCUGGGAGCACCGUAUCAUGAACAGGCCAGACUGGGGAUCAUCCACAGCUCUGUGCUGGAGUGGGGAGCAGUGGUCAAAGCCUACACAGUCCAGACACACAUAGACAGUGAUGGUGUGCUGCCCUUUCCUGACCUCCACCUGCCAAAAUUACCGGAGACAUCUGUCAUAUACGUCAGCUUUGUGUACUGAUACCCAGUUACUUUUUGAGGGGUGCGGGUGGGAACAUCGGGAAUAAGAUGAGUCAGUGUUUAGGACCUGCACAAAAACCCUUUCUUGCUCCCCAGGGAUUGUCGAUUUUGGAUUAAAUUUAAGAAUUAUUUAUCUUUUUUUGUUGCAGGUCCACGCUUCUUAUUUGCAUUUCAAAAAUAAUCCCUUUAUCCUCUUAAAGUGGGAGAUAAAGUGUCCAUUAGUUGACAGAUUAUGUUGCAUUUAAAGCUGGGCCAAUAAGUAAGUUUUCUUCAAGCUGACAUUUAGGAGGAAAACAACACAAAUCUGCUACAAAUCUGCUCCCCAGUAAGUGCUUUUUUUAAAAAAAAACACCCUAGUAUUUUGUAUAGCCUGUUUUAAAUACAAAACUGCGGUUAUUUUGUAAAAAUAUCCUCUUGGAUAUGAAUUGAGUGGGAAAUUGAAUGAUUUUUGAGAGAUUUUUCCCCUGUUUUCAUGUCCAAAAGUUUUCGUCAUAAUUUUUCCAAAUACAAACUUUGCGCAGCUGUUUAUCAGCGUGUUAGACCAGACCAAACUGUGUCAACUAGUGAAAGACCCCUUUGCGGGAACAGAACGGCCCGCCAACCUCUUCCAGCUGAAGGAACCUUUGUUUCACAAUGGCGUUUACACAGAAUCAUUGUUUUAACCCCUGGCAGUUGUUUACCUUAAUCUUAUUUAUUCCCUUUCCACUCUACCACUGAGAUAGAGAAUGCGACCCUCCACCACGAGGUGUGGGCCCAAAGAAACUCUGAUCCGGUUUGCUUUAUUCACACUAAAUGUAAUGCUGAUACGCUGUCACAACUGUUGUUCCAGCUUUUUAUAACACCAGGCGGUGUGAAAAGAUGCAGUAACCCACGUAUUUUGAAUAGUCAGAGACGUUUCAAAGUUACUUAGUUAAACGAUAACUCGAGAAUUUGAUCCGCGGUCGUGUUUGGUUCCAAACAUGAGAUUAAAACGUGUCGUAUAACAUUCACAUGAAUGUCUUCAAAAAACCUUUCAGGGCUGUUCGGUGUUGACCCUUAACACUGUGGGGCGGUGCCGCGCAUUUCUCGCUGUGAGAGACAGAGGGAUUUCCUUGUGAGCCAAGAUGUUCUCGCCAGAGGGAGGACGCCGAGAAUGCACGAAUCCCUCCCAGCUCUUGCUCGGGCAUUUCUACGGCUGACCCGUACCUCUGGCCUCUGGUCCCCGCGUAAGAGCGAGCGGAGACUACAGAGUUACGCGCUUGUUAUUGGGGGGGUCGUCUGCGAUACGAGUGUCAU